CAUUGCUUUUUUCUUUGAGGCGCGCACUGCAGUGACAGAGAAACAUAGACGGAGCGUAGGGGAAAGACUGGUGUGUUCUCAUUCUGGUUCGAUUCUAACGUAAUAAAGAGGAUAGAUAAAUCGCACCCUUGACAUAUCCAAGACCAGUUGAUGUCGGAUGACGCGCAAAUAUGACAGAUAUGGUCCGCAUGGAUUUGUGCUGAACACAAAACUAUAGACAUCCCACCAAACCCGAGAAGGAAACCUUUCUACAUACUGGGCUAAGAGAGGAGAGAGGAGAGGAGAGGAGAGAGAGUAGAAGAGAGGAGAUAUCACCAGACACUACACACUGGGUGUGAGGAGAGGAAGCGCUUUCUCAGCUUGGAGCUCUCCGUUCAGAAUCAAGACAUAUUCAGCGUCGCCUUUUAGUAAAUGCCGCCAGUACCACUGUCCUGUGGUUCCACACCUGUAUAGGAUCUUUUAGUGAAGUGCAUUAUGAUGUUGGAGUGCAUGUUUUUUGGAAAAUUGGUUCACGUGUUCGUGGGAGCAUCUUCUUUUGCACUGAAUUUUUUAUUUUCCUAAUCGCUGUCAUAUUAUAUUCGACAAAGCGAUUUACCUGAGCUAUGCGUAAUUGGAGACACAUUUUAGAACUGCACGACCAAGACUGACAGCGUGCUUAAUAUUUUCAGUUCUGUGCAACCUCUCAUUAUCCGGUUUACCCAUAGCGCGCAUGUUUCCCCCGGGUCGGUGCGCGUUGCCUCGCCAGAGCUUUAGGAUGUAACACCCGACCCUCGCUCGCGACAUGCCCGAGCGACGCGAUGGUCCAAGGCGACGAGAAAGACCGAGUUGUGAUUAACGUCGGGGGGAUCCGGCACCAGACCUAUCGCAGCACCUUGCGCACUCUGCCGGGGACACGCUUGGCCUGGCUCGCCGAACCCGACGCCCACAGUCACUUCGACUACGACGCUCAUGGAGACGAGUUUUUCUUCGACCGACACCCGGGCGUCUUCGCGCACAUCCUUAACUACUACCGUACCGGAAAGCUGCAUUGCCCGGCGGACGUAUGCGGCCCGCUUUAUGAGGAGGAGCUCGCCUUCUGGGGCAUCGACGAGACGGACGUGGAGCCGUGCUGCUGGAUGACCUACCGACAACACCGCGAAGCCGAGGAAGCCCUAGACAGUUUCGGCGGCGGGCCCGUCGACCUGGGCAGCGACGAGGUGGAUGGAGACGGUCUGGGUGAAUCCGGGGACGGUGACGACGAGUUGGAAAUGACCAAGAGGCUCGCGCUCGGGGACACGACCGAUGCCAAAACGGCUGGACUGUGGCAACGAUGGCAACGUCGCGUCUGGGCGCUCUUCGAGGAUCCCUACUCUUCUAAAUAUGCAAGGUGGGUGGCGUUUGCCUCUCUGUUCUUCAUCCUGGUUUCUAUAACCACAUUCUGCCUGGAGACACACGAGGCCUUCAACCCCAUCAUCAACCGCACAGAUGUUGACCCACAUGACAACAACAUCACGCGGGUCUACCAGGAGACUGAGACUGAGGUCUAUCUUACUUACAUAGAGGGCGUGUGCGUGGUAUGGUUUACCUUCGAAUUCCUCAUGCGCAUCACCUUCUGUCCCGACAAAAAAAAGUUCAUCAAGAACGCUCUCAACAUUAUAGAUUUUGUGGCCAUCCUGCCUUUCUACUUAGAGGUGGGUCUGAGCGGCCUGUCCUCCAAAGAGGCUAAAGAUGUGCUCGGGUUUUUGCGUGUAGUCCGAUUUGUGCGCAUCCUGCGAAUCUUUAAACUGACACGCCACUUUGUUGGCCUACGUGUGCUUGGGCAUACACUCCGUGCUAGCACAAAUGAGUUCCUCCUUCUCAUCAUCUUCCUUGCCCUUGGAGUGCUCAUCUUUGCCACUAUGAUAUACUACGCUGAGCGCAUUGGGGCCCAGCCUAAUGACCCCCGCGCCAGCGAGCAUACACACUUCAAGAACAUCCCCAUUGGGUUUUGGUGGGCCGUGGUCACUAUGACUACUCUGGGUUAUGGAGACAUGUACCCACAGACGUGGUCGGGCAUGCUGGUGGGUGCGUUGUGUGCUCUGGCUGGCGUGCUCACCAUUGCCAUGCCUGUCCCGGUCAUUGUCAAUAACUUUGGGAUGUACUACUCGCUGGCUAUGGCAAAACAAAAACUACCAAAGAAAAAGAACAAGCACAUCCCACGUGCCCCACAUCUGGGCUCUCCAAAUUUCUGUAAGUCAGGCACGAACUCUCCCCACCACAGCACACAGAGUGACACAUGCCCGCUGGCUGCCCAGGACGAGGUUUUAGAAAUGAACCGAGCAGCUUGCCUCCUCAAUGCAACAUUUCUCACUUUCCAGACAAGCAAGCAACUUCUGCAUAUCAACCUCCAGAGGCAUUAAAAAACCCAUUCAGCAUUUUUUCCUAUUCUGUUGCACAUAAAUACACACACAGUGCCAUUAAAAGUCUCACUCUACACCACACACUUUUCUAACACUGGAUGCUUUCCUACUAUGGAACAUAUCAAGGUGAACUGCAUUUUUAUAGAAGGAAAAAAAAAAAUCCAUAGCAUGCUCAUUCAGCUAUAAUGAAAUAUACCAAUCUAACUCUUAGGUCCUUAAUGUGUGUGUAUUGACAUAGGCCUAUACAUAUUUAUGUAGAUCAUAUAAUGCAGUCAAUAAGAAUAUUAAGUGAUGUUGAUGUGUAGCUUGUAGUUGCACAUAGACUGAUAAAGCUAUAUAUAACUAGAUAUAGAACUUUAUAUAUACAGAUAUACAGUAUGUUAUGUAGCAAUCUCUUAAGGCACAUACAGUAUGUUACAUUUUGUAAUGAACUAAUAGAGGAUUAUGUGUGGCAUUUUAUAUCAGGAACAAGACUUCAGUGUUAUUUUAAUCGUAAUUUUGAUGUAUUUGUAGUCAAAACCCCAUUUGUAGCAUACAAAAUGUUUUAUCAUUACAAACGGGAAUUUUAAUGACUUUCCUGAAUACCUAAAAGAACUUGUUAAAUUUGUUACAUCCAAACUCACAUAUUAUUGGCACGCCAAGGCAGAUAUAUAAAAUCUGCCAUCAUAUAAUGUACAUUCAACAAUGCCAUAGACAAAAUUUUUUGGAUGAGACAAACAUGAAACAAAAAUGUAGUUCCAUACCUAAAAAAAGGUAUGGAUUAGUGUAAACAUAAAUGUACAUAUCUUCUCUGUACAGGGAACAUGUUGAAACAAACUCAACAUAGUACACAUUUAAUACCAAACGUAUCAACCGACUACCUGUAUAAUUCACACAGACUGUUUAUUUAUAUAUUUUUAUUUAAUUGUUCUGCUUUAUUCCACAAAGUGUUAACACCAGGCCGUCACACUAACACUACUACUCCUCUAGUGAAAAAGAUACUUAUGAGCAUGAAAAUUCUGCCCCCUGACAUUAGUAAGUAGCCUGAAAUGAGUGUAAGAGCAGAUAAGUGCUUUCACUGGAAGUACUUAGAGACUGUCCACUUUCAUAAGAGAGCUGAAGAUAGUAAGAGAAAGAAAGAGUUGUUUCAUUAGUGUGUAAUUGAGAGUAGCUCUUCUUGUAUGUAUUCAGGAAGAGAUUAUAUAUAAUGCUCCAUACGUACACAUACAGUAUACUGUAGAUCGAUGUAAUUUGCAAACAUGCACACACAAUGGUACAUCUGUGAUCAACCAUGGUAUCUCUCUUAGAUAGAUAACGAUCUGUAAAUACACAAAAUAACACACAAUAGCAUACGCUCUUGUUCUUUUAUACUGCAGUGUACACAGCUGCAUGUACACGCUCAAGUAACUUACUUUACAUUUAAAUUUACAUGGAGAAAAAUGCUAAUUAAUGCUAGUUAUGUAUGAAAACAGUGUAAGUUAAUACAAAAUACAUAUACAGUAUGAUAUGUUUGCUAAGGAGAUUAGUUUAACUGGAUGGGUUUUACAUACCUUUUUAAUUACAUUUGUUUUAGAUAUGUUAGCAUUAUACCUGUGUUAAGAUUUGUAAGUGAAUAGAGUGGAGCAUUUUAAAUAAAACCCUACAUGCUACCACAGUGAUAUUUCACUUAUUAGUACUAUAAAUGGUGAAGGUUAUUUUCACAUUCGUAGUCUCACCCACGUAGGUGUAAAAAAGUGCAUUUGAAACUAUUUCGAACCACUGCACGGACUUACAUUUUGUCUGUCAGUCAGUGAACAUCUUUGCAGGUAAUUAAAGCUUGCCGGUGAUUAUUUAUAAAUGACCACAUAUUAUAGAGUACAAUUACUGGCAAGGAACAUGUAGCAGUGUUGAUUUCUAAUAUUUUGAAAUGAUAGGGUUUUAGGUUUUUGGAAAAUAAGGCAUUUUGGAAGACUGUUGUAUUCUUAUAGCUGUGAUUAAGGGGACCUGUGACAGGUGCUGUACUCAAUGAAUAAGGAUGCCACUAUUAGAAAGGGUGCAGGGAUAGCAAUGAGUCAUAACUGUGUGUGUGUGUGUGUGUGUGUGUGUGUGUGUGUGUGUGUGUGUGUGUGUGUGUGUGUGUGUGUGUGUGUGUGUGUGUCAGAAAGAGAGAGAGAGGGAGAGAGAGAGAAUCACAGUACAGCAGCAUAAAAAUUAUCCUGUAUUGUUUAUCUGUUUAUUAUAACCACCCUUUCCAUCAAAUCGUACCAUAUAAAUGCUUUGAACUUCAGUAAUUUUUCCAGAAUGAAUAUAAUUAAUGUAUUUCUAAAACUGCUGACUCAGAUUUUCUAUUCAGAAAUAGUUUUCACUGUUUUCCACUCACACUCCUUUUUCAUUUGAUGUCUUGUUUAUUGCCUUCCACCACCACUGUUUUUUUUAAUAUGGCACUGGAGCAUGUUACCAUGGCGACAGUGUCUGAGCAACCACAAAAUAGGAAUCGGGCUCUGCAUCACGCCGCAGUCAUUCAGCUCAACUUGAACAACUCCUGCAAAACACACAGACACACAGACACACAGACACACACACACACACACACACACACACACACACACACACACACACACACACACACACACACACACACACACACACAUCAAAACAAAUGUAUGCUUUUAUAGGAAUUUAGUCUUUCUUAGGCUUCUUUAGAUUCAGAUAUGAAAAAUCUUACAAAAAUAUGUUCAGUUCAGUCAGUUCAGUGAACUGUUAAUGAAAUACACUAGUUAUUUGCUUUUGCUGUUUCACUGGUUGCUUUUUCUAGCAUUGGCGUUGCAUUCAGUGUGUAGACACAUAAGGCAUACACGCCUGGUUAAUCAGUUCGAGCUGCUUGACUCUGGGCAUAAUACCAUGAGAAAUAGCAAAGAUGGACAGAUGGCAUUUGUAAGACUGGCACCAAACAGGAAAACACACAGCAGAUGCAAAGCCAGCAUGGACUUGCAUUGCAUGAACAUACAUUCAUUUUUUCCCCCAAGGUUGAUAUACAAGUACAGGCUUAAACACAUGCACAAACAGGAACCCUGCUGGUAAAUAGCUCACCUUUCUGCUACAAGCACUCCCAAGCAGUGCACAAACACACACACACACACACACAAACUCAGAUUGAUGGAGACAGUGCUCUCUUUCCCAUAGUUAGUCUCCUACAGUACAGUACAUCUGUAACACACCCCUGUACUGUUCAAAUUCAUUGACAUACUAGAUAGAACACUAAUUAUUCACAUUCACUAGAAUGCUUUCUUUUUGUUUUAAUCCAAGGCUUUUUUCAAAGCGUGACCAUUCCAAUUGAUAAAAUUGAUUUCCAAUUGAUAUUCCUCUAUUUCAUUCACGGAGGGGUUUAUUUACAAAUGUGAAAACUGUAGAUGCUUUUGAAAUUGAAUUUGUAACUUUUAUUUAACUGGAAAUCUGUGAAAUGUCUUUUUAGACUGGCAGAUGUAUUUUCUUGACAUAAAAAAACUAUGGUGAACGUGUGGCAUCCACAAGUUGCAUUCAUGUCAUAUUGGUUAACAGCUAAAACUAGCUGAUUAAUCAGAGCUCUGAUCCAACAAUUAACAAAUAGUAAAUGCUCUAGAUAUUUAUGUGUCUAAGGCUUAAUUAAAGAUGAUUUAGAGUUUUUUGUUGUAAGUGUACCGCUGUGUGCCAUCUCAGAGCAGAAAUAGUGGCGAAGAAGUAGGACAGUCCCAUCAGAGCCCCAGAACGGCUGCUCUAUGCCUUGGCCUUGCUUUAGUUACCCUGCUUUUAUAUGUAAAUAACACAGUCUUGGUGUGCAGUGGGAUUACAAGCUCUGGAUCUUCAUAUGUUUAUUCAUAAAAUACAGGGAUGGCUAGUAUAAAUAGGCUAAGAGGAAUGCGCCUUUUUUAAUAGGAAAAAAAAAUUAGACCCAAUUUUGUCAUUCAGAUCAUCUUAUUUGCUACUGGUUUAAAGUGAUUCAUUUUACUUUUGAGGAACCAAAUACAACAAAGCAAAGCACCACCAGCGAUUAAGUAAAUAUGGUUAGCGGCUUGGGCUGAUUUCUUUAUAACCCAGAGUGUUGACCCACAGUGCUGUCAAAUGAUGACACUGUCCUUCCUAGUACUGUAUUUGCAUUGUGGAUAACUAUUUUAAAGUAACGUUUUCUUACAGAUCCAUAAUCAGUAAUCCGUGAGACGACAAAGUACAUUUUAAGCUACAAAAAUGUAAACUUGACAGAACCAUAAGUUAUGCACAGUAUUUUAACUGAAAGAGCAGGCCAUUGGGAAACAUUUCUGACAUCACAUGAUUACAAAACUGACUCACAAAAUGUCAUGAAUCACAAAUGGACCUGCCGUCUGUCUAUGGCAAUUCAAAUCGAGAAGUUUUAUUUGUCAUUUCAGCCAUAUAAAGCUGAUGCAAAAUGAUCCUCAAUUGUUUAUAUUUAAUGUUGCAUUAGAUGUUAUCUUUAAACAGUAGCUUUCAUCUAAGGAGAUGAUGUGGCCUCUACAACACACACACACACACACACACACACACACACACACACACACACACACACACACACACACACACACACACACACACACAAAUCAAAACAAAUGUAUGCAUUUAUAGGAGUUAAUUCUUUCUUAAGUUUCUUUAGGUUCAGAUAUGAACUAACUUUUUUGCUGCAGAUAAAAUGUUUCAUGAGAAAAUCAAACAACAUUUCACAUAUACAUAUUUUUGUGUGUUACGUCAUGCUCAGUAUCAGCACAUUUUUUAAAUGUGUAUUUUAAGACUGAGGAAGGCACAGGAAGUGCAGAUAAGUGACAGAAACAAUAAAAGAGCGAGAGGAAUGCCUUAAUUGUGUGUGUGGAGCUAUUCUAAAGAUGACUCACAACCCACUCCCCCCUUUCCACCUCAUGCUUUCAUCCCGGGAGCUUUGCGUCACAUGCCAGCAUUUCCUUGGGGUGGUGUGUGUGUGUGUGUGUGUGUGUGCCCAGCUAUUUAUACACAUAUGUGCAGAGCUCUGUGUGUGUGUUAAUCUGUGUGUGAGUCAACACUGUUGAGGGAUCCUGAGAAAGUCAAAUAUGAAAAAUAU